AUGUCGCUUAUGCAGAGCACUCCGUUCAUUGUCGACGGCAAGGGCCACCUCCUUGGUCGUCUUGCGUCGAUCCUCGCCAAGCAGAUCCUCUCGGGUCAGAAGGUGACCGUCGUCCGCGCUGAGCUGAUUAAUGUGUCGGGCAGCUUCUUCCGCAACAAGUUGAAGUACCAUGCUUUCAUGCACAAGCGCCACCUGGUGAACCCCCGCAAGUCGGGUCCUUUCCACCACCGCGCCCCCUCUCGCAUCCUCUUCCGUGCUGUUCGCGGUAUGGUGCCCCACAAGACGGCCCGUGGUGCUGCUGCGCUCCAGCGCCUGAAGAUCUACGAGGGUGUCCCCCCGCCUUACGACCGCAAGAAGAAGUUGGUCAUCCCAGACGCCCUCCGUGUGCUGCGCCUCAAGCCGGGUCGCAAGUACGCGACGCUCAAGCGCAUCUCGAGCGAGGUCGGCUGGAAGUACGGCGAGACUGUUGACAAGCUGGAGGCCAAGCGUGCUGUCAAGACUCAGGCUUUCCAGGAGCGCAAGGCCGCCGCGCUCAAGCGCCGUGCUGCUGCCGCCACGGCCGCCGCGAGCGAGAUUGAGCCUAUUAACAAGCAACUCGCACAGUUCGGCUACUAG